GAGUAGCCGGCAGAGCACAGUUGGGGCGGCCUUUCGCGCGGCGCCCACCGGCGCCUCUGGAAGCGGCCUGUGGUCCCCUGCCACCGUCCAGGCUUUGCUGACACCCUGGGACAGGUGUCAGCGUACUUCCCAAACGGCUGAGACACAGAGUUAGGACGAGGGAAGGACGGUUAGUCAGGGGUUGGCGCGACCAUAACGAGCACCCUCCGCCAGCCGAGAAAGAGUUAAGGCGCCGGCGGUGACUGCGGGCCCCGGAUGUGAGGACCGUGGCGCAACGCCUGUGGGCCGCGCUGCAGUGCAGCAACUGCUAGAGCUGCGUGGAGAUCUAAACUGGACGGACGUGGGGUGCGUUCCCCCCGCAUAGAAACGCCUGCCAAUGGUUUCUCGUUUGGACCCAGACUCCGAUUCCGGAGCAGUCUUGUAGCUGCAUCACCAAAGAGAUUCCAAAGCAGAAAGAAGAAAACAUUACAAUUUGGGACACUUAUUUGCAACUGGAAAUGGGGAAUGGACUGUCAGAUCAGACUUCUAUCCUGUCCAGCCUCCCUUCAUUUCAGUCCUUCCACAUUGUUAUACUGGGUUUGGACUGUGCUGGAAAGACAACUGUUUUAUACAGGCUGCAGUUCAAUGAAUUUGUAAAUACUGUACCUACCAAAGGAUUUAACACUGAGAAAAUUAAGGUAACCUUGGGAAAUUCUAAAACAGUCACUUUUCACUUUUGGGAUGUAGGUGGUCAGGAGAAAUUAAGGCCACUGUGGAAGUCAUAUACCAGAUGCACAGAUGGCAUUGUGUUUGUUGUGGACUCUGUUGAUGUUGAAAGAAUGGAAGAAGCCAAAACAGAACUUCAUAAAAUAACUAGGAUAUCAGAAAAUCAAGGAGUCCCUGUACUUAUAGUUGCUAACAAACAAGACCUGAGGAACUCACUGUCUCUCACAGAAAUUGAAAAAUUGUUAGCAAUGGGUGAACUGAGCUCAUCAACACCUUGGCAUUUGCAGCCUACCUGUGCAAUCAUAGGAGAUGGACUAAAGGAAGGACUUGAGAAACUACACGAUAUGAUAAUUAAAAGAAGAAAAAUGUUGCGGCAACAGAAAAAGAAAAGAUGAAUAACAAUACCUUUUAUAUCUGUGUGGAAUAGGUUUUCUCUGGUCUGAUUUUGACAAAUGGAAGAGUGUCUACAGUCUGGUUUGCGUGUCUGCCUUCCUGGAUGCUAUUAAAGCUUUGUUUUGUUGAACAAUCAGAUGCCCAAUUUAUUUGCCUUUUGGAAGAUGAGUAAAUGCAGUGCUUCUUAAAGUGGUUUCCUCUCCCUACACCAUAAAUCUAUCGGUACUACCAUUUUGGGAAGCCAAGCAAGGAUAGUAAAUUGACCAGAAAAUAGUUGUGGAAGUUUGACCUGAAGUUAGUAAAAUAAAACUCUGAAGAGUGUCUA